GCGCCAACACAUUAACUACUAAGUACUAACUAAACUAUACCCUUUUUCUUUCUCUUCAUUCUCUCUUCCCUCUUUCCUCUUCUUUUCAGAAUUCAUGAUCCUUUUCAAUUCAAUGGAGGACCUCAAACACUCUCUUCUAUACACCACUCUGGAGCUUCAACAAACUAGAGCUGCAGUUCAUGAGGAACUCAAGAAGAGAGAUGAACAACUCCUCAUCCUCAAGGAUCUGCUCAACAAGACCAUCAGAGAAAGAGAUGAAGCCAAUGACAAAUGCCAGAGACUUCUCUUGGAGAAGCUUCUUCUUCAGCAACACAAUAAUAAUGGUGCUGCUCCUGUCUCUGGAAUCUCAAGCAUUGAAGAUGACCACAGAAGAAACAACAACAACAACAACAUCAACACCACCUCAUCAGACUGUGAAGAAAGCAUUGUGUCAUCACCAGUGAUUGAGCACCACUUGUCAGCAACAGAGUCUGCCAUGAUUGAAGCAGUGACACCAACAGGGCCACUUCCAGAAAAGGGUAAGCUGUUGCAGGCAGUGAUGAAAGCAGGUCCUCUGCUUCAAACCCUGCUUCUUGCAGGCCCACUCCCUCAAUGGAGACACCCUCCACCGCCCCUUGAGUCCUUUGAGAUUCCACCUGUCACUAUUCCUUCACCACCACUACUCCAUCAAGAUGCUAACAACAACAACAACAGCAGAAAAAGAGAAUUUUGUGAUGCCUCUGAGUCUUCUCCAAUUGAGACCAAGUACCAAAGGGUUGCACUUCACUGACUUAUAGUCAGCCUUAAAUUAUUACAUAUAUAGAUUUUGCAGGUUCUUAGAGUUAUAAAGUUAGAGACUUUUUUUGAGUAGCAGCAAGCAACUCAAAACUCAUCUACUUAUCUGUACAGAGGUUUCAGGAUUUUAAGUUAACUCAUUCAGGGUUUUACUGAA